AUGACAGGGUCAGGUAAAGGAGGGGAGUCCCCUACGGACUUCAGUGAAUGCAUCUCCAAGGAUGAACUUAAGAAACUUGUUGAUGACCAGCGCACCUACAUCGAUGGGAAGUUCAAUGAGAUGAUGCGCAGUAUCAAUGGAGUUGUCACACGCCUUGAGCAUAUUGAACAACAUCCCCCUCAACAGCGACACCGACGCCACCCUCCUGAUGGUGAUGAGGACGAGGAUGAGGAUGCCGUCCUUGAUGAUGAUGAGGAUCGUGAUGCGCACCAUCUUCGGCGCAAUCGUCAAGGUAUGGGAGGUAAUCAUAAUCGUGGUAACAAUAAUUCUUUUGCUAAAACUAAAUUUACCAUGAUUCCUUUUGCUGGUACUGCUGAUCCUGAGGCUUAUUUAGAUUGGGAACUCGCUGUUGAACAAAAGUUUAAUUCUCAUUUGGUUCCUACUGAGCAUAGAGUUAGACUUGCUGCUAGUGAAUUUACUAGCUUUGCUUUGUUUUGGUGGAAUGAUCUUUGCAAUGCUGGUAAUGCUGCUACUGUGAUAAAAGGAGUAGAGGAAUAUUAUCAGGAAUUGCUUAUUGGUCUAGCACGUUGUGGUAUUCGUGAGGAUGAUGAUGAUACUAGUGCUAGGUUCUUUGGUGGUUUAAAUCGUGAUAUACAGGAUAUUCUUGAUUACAAAGACUGGACUCGUUUUUCCCAAUUGUACCAUCUUGCUCUUAAGGCGAACGGGAAGUACAGGGAUGCCGCAUUGUCCAACAAUCUUUCAGGUCCAACACUGGGAGAUCGUUUCAGCAGCGUUCUGAUGUUGAGAAGCCCAAGGCGCGUAUUGCUAAGCCACCAGCAACACCACCAGCUCAUGCGCCAGCUUCUGAGGGGGUCGUCGAGUAGAUCAUCUACAAACAUCGUGUGCCACCGCUGCAAGGGAAUGGGACAUGUCAUGAAGGAUUGUCCAAGUACUCGAGCUUUCAUCGCUGCACCUGAUGGUAAUGGAUAUGUAAGUGCUAGUGAUGUUGAGGAUGAAUUGGUUCUUGCAGCUAACUUUGUUGCAGAUUCGGAGGACGAGGUUGAGGCAAUUGAUUCUGCGGCUGCGACAAAGGACCUUCCUAGUCUUCCUGUGCAGCGUGUGCUGACUUCUAAAGCGGAACAUGAGGAUGAGGAGAAAAUCCAACGCAAGAAUUUGUUCCACAUGUUUCUCCAAGUUAAGGAUUGCCGUGUUCUCACCAUAAUUGAUAGCGGAAGUUGCAGCAACUUGGUGAGUUCAGAUUUGAUCAAGAGAUUUGGUUUGCCCACUCGUUCUAUUUCUCAGCCUUACUACCUUGAAUGGUUCAACACUAGUAGUAAGAUUAAGGAAUUUGAUGCUGGAAUGGAGUCGAGGAUGACUCCAAUUAAAGAAGGGGAGGAUGAUGAGGACAUCGCCACGCUGUACAUGCACGAACUGGCCUCAUCUCCAAGUUACAAGUCGACUCCAACUCAGUUUUCAUGUUCAUCUCAGAUUCAGCCAACACCCCUGCACGGUUUCGGCAAUAUCUCCCUCAUACGGAGUCGGAAUGAGGUGAUCUUGGAUGCGUUGGAAUCGUGA